AUGACUAAAGCGAAUGGUACAUGUGAAACUGAAGAACAAAAUAAUUGCCCUGGAGAUGGGCAACCGAAAACCGCCAAACAGCUGGAAAAAGAAGCUAAAAAGUUAGCGAAAUUAGAAAAGUUGAAGCAGAAACAAGAAAAGCUUGCUAGUAUUCUUGUUAAGGAUAAGAGUCAGAAAAAACCGAAAGUCAAAAAAGAAGCAGCUGUUUAUGAUGUACCGACUCCGGAAGGAGAAAAAAAAGAUACCAAAAUCCCACUGCCUGAUGCUUACAGUCCUCAAUUUGUGGAAGCUGCCUGGUAUUCAUGGUGGGAAAAAGAAGGAUUUUUUAAACCUGAAUAUGGAAGAGCGAGUGUUCAUGAAUCGAAUCCUAAGGGUAAAUUUGUUAUGAUAAUACCUCCACCGAAUGUGACUGGAUCUCUUCAUCUUGGUCAUGCCUUAACCAAUUCGAUUGAAGAUUGUUUGACAAGAUGGAAUCGUAUGAAAGGGAGAACGACUCUAUGGGUACCCGGGAGCGAUCACGCAGGUAUCGCGACUCAAGUCGUCGUUGAAAAAAUGCUUUGGAAAGACGAACAAAAAACUCGUCACGAAAUCGGACGGGAAAAAUUCAUACAAAAAGUUUGGGAAUGGAAAAACGCGAAUCGUAUGAAAGGGAGAACGACUCUAUGGGUACCCGGGAGCGAUCACGCAGGUAUCGCGACUCAAGUCGUCGUUGAAAAAAUGCUUUGGAAAGACGAACAAAAAACUCGUCACGAAAUCGGACGGGAAAAAUUCAUACAAAAAGUUUGGGAAUGGAAAAACGCAAAGGGAGAUCGUAUUUCACAACAGCUUCGUCGUUUGGGAUCUUCCGUCGACUGGGAUCGUUACUGUUUCACAAUGGAUCCACAAUUGUGCACGGCAGUCACAGAAGCCUUUGUUCAGCUUCACGAAUCUGGACUCAUUUAUCGAAGCGACAGGCUCGUGAAUUGGUCUUGCACCCUAAAAUCAGCCAUAUCCGACAUUGAGGUUGAUAAAAGAGAACUCACCGGACGUACUCUCCUUGCCAUACCCGGAUACAAGGACAAAAUUGAAUUCGGUGUUUUGGUAUCUUUUGCUUACAAGGUAGAAAAUUCAGAUGAAGAAAUUGUUGUUGCAACCACGCGUGUGGAAACGAUGCUCGGAGAUGUGGCUGUAGCCGUUCAUCCAGACGAUGCCAGAUACGCUCAUCUUCACGGGAAAUCUGUCGUUCAUCCAUUUUGUGAUAGGAAAAUUCCAAUUAUUUGCGAUACAUACGUAACCAUGGAUUUUGGAACGGGGGCGGUUAAAAUCACUCCGGCUCACGAUCACAACGAUUAUGAAAUCGGUCGACGUCAUAACUUACCUCUUUUAACCAUUAUCGAUGAUGAAGGGAAAAUCUGUGGAGAUUGUGGGCAAUUCACCGGCAUGAAGAGAUUCGAUGCCAGAAAAUCGGUCAUAGAACAAUUGAAAAAAUUAAAUUUGUAUAGAGAGACAACUGAAAAUCCCAUGGUCGUUCCCAUAUGCAGUCGAUCUAAAGACGUCGUCGAGCCUUUGAUCAAACCUCAGUGGUAUGUCAAAUGUGAUGGUAUGGCUGCCGACGCAACAAAAGUCGUGAAAUCCGGUGAAUUGAAAAUCAUACCUGAAAAUCACACGAAGAUAUGGUAUAACUGGAUGGACGGAAUUCGUGAUUGGUGUAUUUCUCGUCAGCUAUGGUGGGGCCACAGAAUACCAGCUUAUUUUGUAAUUGUCGACGAUCCUUCGAUUCCUCCCGGAACGGAAUUAGACAACAAUUAUUGGGUGUCUGGUCGAACGAAAGAAGAAGCCCUUGGAAAAGCUGCAAAAAAAUUUAACGUGGACGAAUCGAAAAUAACAUUAAAACAAGACGAGGAUGUUCUCGAUACCUGGUUUUCGUCUGCUUUAUUUCCUUUUUCGGUUUUCGCUUGGCCCCAACAGACUGAUGAUUUACAAGCCUUUUAUCCCGGUACCCUAUUGGAAACGGGGCACGACAUAUUGUUUUUUUGGGUUGCCAGAAUGGUUUUCUUUGGUCAAAAACUCAUGGGAAAACUUCCUUUUAAUGAAGUAUAUCUUCAUCCGAUGGUAAGAGAUGCUCACGGACGAAAAAUGAGCAAAUCGUUGGGCAACGUCAUCGAUCCCAUGGAUGUAAUCAAAGGUAUCGCGUUGGAAGACCUUCAGAAGCAAUUGGAAGAGGGAAAUCUCGAUAAGAAAGAAAUCGAAAAAGCCAAAGCGGGACAAAAGCAGGAUUAUCCGAAUGGAAUUCCAGAAUGUGGAACGGAUGCAUUGAGAUUUGCCUUGUGCGCGUACAUGACUCAAGGGCGCGACAUCAAUUUGGAUAUACUAAGAGUUCAAGGAUAUCGUUUCUUUUGCAAUAAAAUUUGGAACGCGACAAAAUUCGCUCUUAAUUUCCUUAAUGCGGAUUUCAAACCCAAAACGACUCUGAUGUCGCAAAAAAUCACUCAUCCGUUGCAUACUCUGCUUCACGGCAUAGAUGCAAGUUAUUUCAAAUCCGUUAACGCGGCGAGUUAUUCGAAAGACAUUUUCGCUAUAUUAAACGGUUUUUUAUCCGAUAAAAGUUACCUCCAGGGCCACAGACCUUCCCUAGUCGAUUCGCAGGUCUUGGACGCUCUGGACGGUGCGAGUUUGACGAUAACAGAUUUGAAUUCCGAGUUUCCCCACGUUACGAGGUGGUGGAGACACAUCGAUUCUUUAAGGUUGGACCCAAUGUUCAGGCGUUGUUUUCUUAACGAUAGUGAGGGUCGAGUUUUUUACAAGGUUCUCUCGGAUGCCAGUCCCAUGGACAGAUGGAUACUGAGCAGGUUGUCCGCAGCCGUCGAAGCCUGUAAUUCAGGUUUUGCAGCUUACGAUUUUCCAAAAGUGACAACGGCUUGUUACAAUCUUUGGUUGUACGAAUUGUGCGACGUUUACCUGGAAUGUUUGAAACCGGUCAUGUACAACGGUCAACCGAACGAAAUAUCUGCGGGAAAGCAAACGCUUUACACCGUGUUGGACGUGGGUCUAAGAUUGCUUUCGCCAUUCAUGCCGUUCAUAACGGAAGAAUUAUUUCAAAGGUUACCUAGGAAAUCAUCGUGGGAACCCCCGAGCAUUUGCGUUACCCCGUAUCCGGAAGUGGAGGAAAAUUCAUGGCGCGACGAAACCCUAGAAAAAGAAGUCGAGUUUAUAAUGAAAGUCGUACACGCCAUCAGAUCAGCCAAAUCGGAAAAUAACGUACCAAAUAAAGUAAAAACGGAAGCUUUCGUUAUAAGUUCCGACGAAGAUUUGUUGAGAACUUUAAAGAAAUAUUCGUUGAUAAUAACAACACUAUCGAUAAGUUCAACGAUUCAUUUCGAAUCGAAACCGCCAACGGAAUGUACCGUCGUCGCCAUAUCUGAAGAGUGUCAAAUACAUUUGCCGUUAAAGGUGAAUUAA